AUGGGUCAAGGCGGCGGCAUAACUUUCAUCAAUGGCACCCUCCAUGACUGGAAACGCAGCGCCCCACAGGCGCACAGAAUGGAAAACUGGAAUAUCCCCGAAACCCUGCCCGCCGGCCAGUCCACGACCCUCUACAUAGAAUGGCCCGGCGACGCCUUCACCGCGCACAUCCCCGAGUUCGCCCACGAGACCUUCACCCUCUCCGACACCCCCUUCCACUUUGCCCUCGCCGCCCGCCGCAUCAACGAUGCCCUCACAUUCCAAGUUAUCCUCACGAACCUCACCACCGAUAACAACCCCCCCGGCACCGUCAUCGACCUCGGCUUCGCCCACGACGGCGACGUCUGCUUCAUUCUCUCCGGCACCGAGGGGAGCUUCACCUCCACCAACCCGCCCAUCGACUGGAUGCAGCGAAACAUCGGCACUCUGGGCCCGCGGCCGCUGCGCGAAAUCUGCAUGCCCGGCACGCACAACAGCGGCAUGAGCGUCUCGCGCGGGAGAACAAUUCUGGCGACAGAGGGGACGUGUCUGUGUCAGGGACUGAGUGUGUAUGAGCAGCUGGUGGCAGGGUCGCGGUAUCUUGAUAUAAGGCCGACGAUUACCGCCGAGGGGUGGUUUUCGGGGCAUUAUUCGGAGAUUCGGAGUCCGGUGUUGGGGGAUCUGCUGAAGACGUGGCAGGGCAUGAGCGGGCAGGGGAUUGCGGAGAUUGUGGCGGAGGUGAAUAGGUUUACGGAGGAGUAUAAGGAGCUGGUGGUGAUUAGUGUGUCGCAUAGUGCGAAUGCAUUGAGGGAUUAUAAGCCGUUCACCGACCCCGAGUGGGCCGAGUGCUACAAGCACCUCUCAAACCUCACGCACCUCCACGCCCUCCCCAACUCCACCUCCGCCGCCCUCGCCGACCUCCCCCUCUCCACGUUCAUCGGCGGCGCUACGCCCAAAGCCGCUGUCCUAGUCCUCACUGAAGCCCCCGCGCACACGCUCGAGGCGUUCCCCGACGCUGGCUUCUACACCGCCAACCAGCUGAACAUGUUCGAUUUCUACACCAACACCAUGAGCGCCGACUGGAUGGCGACGGACCAGCUGGACAAGAUUGCCAAGAACGCCAAGGAUAAGUUCUUUAUCCUGCCGUGGAUCUUGACGCAGGAGGGGGCGCGAGAUCUGGUGUUGAGUAGCCUGAAGGAGAUGGCAGUGGAUGCGGAGAGGGUGUUGUGGAAGAGGUUGUGGGCUGGCUGUGAGAGGGGGAAGAUUCCGAAUGUGGUGUUGGUGGAUUAUUUGAAGGGCGGGGGGAGGGAUGUGGCGGCGUUGUGUAUGGCAGUGAAUAAUAUGUUUGGUGUGUAG